UUAAAAGAAAACAACAGACAGCCGCCAAAAUCGAACGUACGAUAUUUAAUAUUUGUAAAUUAAAGUUUAAUGCGUUCGAUUUAAGUACUUUAUUCUAUGUGACAGCUAAUUUAAUCGAUUUGGGAUAAGUUAAACAGUCGAUUGACGUGUCUAAAUAAUGUUGUUUAAUGAAGAGGCAUCAACUAAUACAUUGCAACAUAGUCUCGCUAAACCCACAGUUGCAGGAAUAAUUCGUAUUCAUAAAAGAAAUCUUUCUAAGGGCGAGCUUCAAGCAUCUCCUAGAUAUUCUGAUGUGCCACAAAAUGAUGAUGAAUUGGAAAGGAAACAAAGGCGAAAAGAAAAAAUUGAACAGUUACAGAGAGAUAUUACUAAUAGUCCUUUAACUCCUGCAGAAAAAAGAAAAUCUAUAGCAAUCAACAGUUCAGGUUUAACAAAUGCUCAAUUGGCUGAACAUUAUGCCAAUUGCAUGAAAUUGUUUACAGAAAAUAAAAUAAAUGUUAAGAAUGCAUUUGGACUUCAUCUUAUUGAUUAUAUGCCUGAAAUAUUAAAUAAAGAUGGUGAAACAAACUUUCAGAUUGCAAGUUGCACUCUUGAUGCUGGAACUAAAAUUUAUGCUUCUCGUGUGGAUUGUGUCUAUGCCAAUACUUUCAAAAUUGCUAGUGGUUUGGGGAUUGUUGAAGAUAAUAGAAAGAAUAAUGAGCAAGUUGAAAAUGUAGAAAAUGGGGAAGAACAUGGCAAAACAGAUAAGAAAAAGAAAAAGUUGAAGAAAAGUAGUACUGUUGAACAAAAUCCAAAUUCACUAAAUAUAAAAAAGUUUGAUUCAGGAUUUCAGGUUGAUCCAUUAUUUUUAAAGAUGUCUAAUGAGUUUGAUACUGGAGGUCUUAAUGGUUUUUUAUUUAAUACUUUUCCUGCUCAUGAUGGAAAUGAGCAAAUUAUUGAUUCUAGAAAUAUUCCAUUACCUUAUGUAGAAGAAGAAGAAAAAUUUAUUGAUAAAACAGAAUUAAAAGAAAUAUUUAAUUAUUUACAAAGGAAUGUAAAUAUAGAUCCUCAGUUAUCAGAGAUGAGUUUUCUUAAUUCUGAAGAUAACAUUAGAAAGAUUACCUAUUCACAUAAUGAUAUCUUUUCACCACCUGAUAAAAGAAAGAGAAGUUUAUAUGAUGAAGCAACAAUUACAAAUAGUGAAUAUUCUGAAGAGGUAUUCACUGAAGAUACAGAUGAAAUGCUUGAAGAUUCUGAAGAAUUAACUGACAGAAAUGUAAAUAGUCUUCCAUCUGAAUUUGAUGAGUUUUCUAGAGGGAGAGCAUUCUCAGAUCGUUUUGAAUUACUAAAAGACACAUCAAACAAAAUAAUGAUACAAAAUGUAAGUGAUAUGGCUACUGUGUUAGCAGAUAAACCUUCUGAAUAUUCUUAUUUCAAUAAUAAUUUACUUUCUGGUUGGGCAGGACCUAAACAUUGGAAAUUAUUUAAUCAAAACAAAGCAAAGCCUGAUUCAUCUGAGAAAUCUAAUGAGAAUAAGAGAAAAACAAUAAAAGUCUUUAAACUUGACUAUAAUAAAGAAAAUAAUUUUGAUGAUCACUUUGUGAAAGCUUCAAAAUCAAUUAAAUUAUCUGAGAAAACCAUGGAAAAUUGGAAUGAAGAAAAGGUUACUCUACCAAAUGAUCUUCAUUAUGAUAUUAGAAAACUUAUUCAAAUAUUUUUAAAACCUAUUACAAUUAAACAUAAUAGAAAUCCUAUGGAAGUAAAAGGAAUUAAUUAUAAUUAUGAUAAUCCAAAUGACUGUGAAAAUUACUGUCCUGACAUUCAGGAUGAUAGUGAUAUUGAGAAUGAAAAAACAAGAUUUCCAAAUGUAAAUUUUACAUGCUUUGAAGCUACUCAGAUUGGUGAAAAGAUAGAUAUGAUAACUCCCAGUUGUGAAGAUAACUCAGGAGGAUUAGGAAAUCUUAUAGAGGAACCACAAAGGAUUUUAAAAAUUGAUAUACAUUAUGCAAGAACAGCAAAAAAAAUAGACAUUAAACGAUUGAAGAAACACAUGUGGAAAAUAUUAAUCAGUCAUCAUAAAGAUACUGAGAAUACAAUUGAUAAAGAAAUCGUUAAUCAGAAAAUGGACAAUAAAAUAUAUUUCUCUAGAUUAUAUAACAUACUUCCUAAUUAUUUAUCUUCUACUAUGAUAAAUAAUUUAAGUGUUCCCAUUGCAUUUGUUUCAUUACUACAUUUGGUAAAUGAACAGAAUCUUGCAUUGGAAGGACAUUCAGAUCUGUGUGAUUUUAUUAUUUAUCAACAAUAACCUUUUACUUUUUAAGUUGUACAUAAAUAUAUAUACAUAAAGAGAGAUUUCUAAUCAUAACACAAUUUGUCAUAUAAAAUCAUUGUAUAAGUAUUUCUAAAUGACUUUUUAAAGAAUUGAUAUAAAUUAUAAAAAGACAUCACAAAAUAAUCUCUAUUUUCAUUAUUGAGAAGAUUCAUUCAAUAUAGAAAUAUUUUAUAUAUAUAUUUGUUAAUUGUAAAAACAUUAAAAAUGCUUUUGUUAAAAUAAACUAAUUUUAUUUUUAUGUUAAAUAUUAUUUUAUAAAUGGCAGGCUGAAUAACAUUAUACAUAAUUAAAAAAACUGAUGGAACAGGUUGAAAAGUAAAGCUUAGCAAAAACAUGUAAAUAUAAAAAUGUUUUUGAAAGUUUGAACCAGAAUACUAGAAUCACAUUCAACAGUAAAAGUGCACAUUACAUAGACUACAACUGUAGGAAGUUUUGGAUGAAGCAAUGUCACCAUGAUAAUAAAUCAGGAAAAGAAGCAUUGUCAUAGAAAAAGGCUUCAAACUGUACUUAUUGUCUUAAAGUUGUUGCACCUAAAAUAAUUUGGCUGAACACUACAUCACCUUUGAGCAAUAUUAGUGAAGAAACUUUAAGGCACAAAGUAUAGCUUGAAGCCUUUUUCUAUGAUGAUGCUUAUUUUCCUGAUUUUAUUUUGGUGGGUGAUAUUGCUUUAUCCAAAACUUCCUGCACUUGUCAGUGUAAUGUUCUAGUUAGCAUAACUUCUACUUACUGCAUAAAUAAAGCACUUGUAAUAAUUAUAGUUUAUUUAUUCAGUAUGUUGAUACAUUUUAAGCUAUAUGUUGUUCUAGAUAUAUAAGAAUAAAUAUAAAAUCAGUGGUAUAAUUUUUUAAAAUGUGUAAUAUAGUUGACAUACAAAUUGUGUGAGAAGACAAUUAAGUUAAAAGCAAUAAAAAUAGUUUCUCUUUUUGUCUAUGAUUUCAUUAUUUUUGUUAUUCCUUCUGCAAAUGAAUGUAUUUUAGCUUUGUAAAUAUGUGAAAUAUUUGAAUGUGGACUUGUACUUUAUUUUGAUUUGUAUUA